AUGACUACGGAAACGGAAUUGAUCUUUUCACCAGAGCGUACAUCAAAUAGUUCCUUUCAUGUAUUCUCGAGCAAAAAAAUCAGUCGUCGAAGAAUUCCAAUAAAUCAACCACCAAAACCUGUUUCAUGUCGUGUUUAUCGAUAUUUCACACCGGCUGCUACUCGUGUAGCAAAUGCGGUUUCAGUUAGCUCGAAAACAUUUGGUGUUGCUUUGGAAAGCCCAUUUUAUACAAAAACUAUUGCAUCGACGUAUUGGGAUCAAUGCUUUGAACAUCUUGAAUGCCUCGGCCGUGGUUCAUUUGCUGAAGUUUACAAAGUUCGCCAUAAAGAAGAUGAUCAAUUGUAUGCAAUUAAACGUUCAUUAACGAAAUUCCGUGGCAAAUCAGAUCGUGAUCAAAAGUUGAAAGAAGUUCGUUUCCAUGAAACAUUGGCAACUCAUCAGAAUAUUCUGAAAAUUAUUCAUGCAUGGGAAGAACGCGAACGUUUAUAUAUUCAAACUGAACUUUGUCGUGGCAACUUACUCGAAUAUGCCGCCGAACAUCAAAUUACACAACCAAUGGUCUGGCAUUUCCUGUAUCAAACGAGUCAAGCGUUAGAUUUUCUUCACUCAUUGUUUUAUGUUCACAUGGAUGUUAAACCUGAAAACAUACUGAUAACUAAUGAUGGAAUCCUUAAAUUAUGUGAUUUUGGUAUUGUACAUGAUCUGCGAAGUCCUUCAACGUUAGCACAGGAUGGCGAUGCGCGUUAUCUGGCAUUUGAAGUUCUCUCAGGGAUGGUUUCACCGGCUGCCGACGUCUUCAGUCUAGGCUUAGCAGCGUUGGAACUAGUCAGUGAUUAUGAUAUGCCUAUUAAUGGUGAUGUUUGGACAGAUAUCCGAGAACUACGAUUGCCUAAUGAAAUCGUGUCGGUCUUAACUGAUCUCGAACUGAAAGAACUUCUUUUUCGAAUGAUCCAUUCGAAUUAUCAAUCGCGACCAACAGCGAAGCAAGUACUCGACAGUCCUACAAUUCGAGAAGAAAUUUGCAAAAUGAUUUCGCCAUUUGCAUUCGAUCAACAACGACACGAACGGACACUAUCACCCAUGCAUGAAAGCGAUUCACUGAUUAGUCAUGGUUGUCGGACGCCCAUUAAAAAAGCCAAACGACCACCAAAUUACGGUGGUUAUCAUGACGAACAUUCGGAUGAUGAAAUGAAACAACUCUCGAUUCAUGACCAUUCUCAACUAACACCACCACCACCACCGGUUACUGGUGAUCCACUUCGUAUUCGUCUUUUUCCAACUGAUUCCGAUGACGAAACUAAUGAAAACCAUGUGUACCUUCGAAAAUCGCCACUGAAAUUCAAAUUCGAUAGUAGUAGCGGUGCUGAAGAUUGA